CUUUCUUCCUGGUAACAGUUUCCGCUACGUCGAUGGAAGUGACAAAUUAAGUAAACAGGGGCUGUCACUACAUUUGCGUAUAUAUAAUUGUCAAUAAAAAGCUCAUUUUGAAAGAAUAUUCCUUCAUGAGGAAGCUGCUUUAUACCCGCUAAAGGGACCUUUUAUUUUGGGACUGUCCUGCGAUGUUCACAGACAUGGAUUAUGAGCUGGAGGAGGACAAACUAGGGAUACCGACGGUACCCGGCACUGUGACUCUGAAGAAAGAUGCUAACAAUCUUAUCGGCAUCAGCAUUGGUGGUGGAGCUCAGUACUGUCCUUGCCUCUAUAUUGUCCAGGUGUUUGAUAACACUCCAGCUGCUCUGGAUGGGACGCUGGCAGCAGGUGAUGAAAUCACAGGUGUGAACGGGAAAACGGUGAAAGGAAAAACAAAGGUGGAGGUGGCCAAGAUGAUCCAAGCUGUCCAGGGAGAGGCAGUAAUUCACUACAACAAGCUGCAGGCCGACCCAAAACAAGGAAAAUCUUUAGAUAUCGUGUUAAAAAAAGUAAAACAUCGUCUGGUGGAGAACAUGAGCUCUGGUACCGCAGAUGCUCUUGGACUCAGCAGAGCUAUUCUAUGCAAUGACGGCCUGGUGAAAAGACUGGAAGAGCUGGAGAAAACAGCGGAGCUUUACAAAGGACUGAUGGAGCACACAAAGCGGCUGCUCAGAGCUUUCUUUGAGCUUUCUCAAACUCAUAGAGGGUUCGGAGAUGUAUUUUCUAUCAUCGGUGUGAGAGAGCCGCAGGCUGCUGCCAGCGAGGCUUUCGUGAAGUUUGCUGAUGCUCAUCGAAACAUCGAGAAAUAUGGAAUUCAGCUGUUAAAAACCAUCAAGCCUAUGCUCCAUGAUCUGAACACGUACCUCCAUAAGGCCAUACCAGACACCAAGCUCACCAUCCGCAAGUACCUGGAUGUAAAGUUUGAAUACCUGUCAUACUGCCUGAAGGUGAAGGAAAUGGAUGAUGAAGAAUACACCAGCAUUGCCAUGGGAGAACCUUUGUAUCGCGUGAGCACCGGGAACUACGAGUACCGUUUGGUACUAAGGUGUAGACAGGAAGCUCGGGCCCGCUUUGCUAAGAUGAGGAAGGAUGUUUUGGAGAAGAUCGAGUUGUUGGAUCAAAAACAUGUUCAGGACAUUGUGUUCCAGCUGCAGCGCUUUGUCUCAGGCAUGUCUCAUUACUACGACGACUGCUACGCCGUCCUGAAGGAGGCGGACGUGUUCCCCAUUGAAGUGGACCUGUCCCGCACUAUGCUCAACUACAGCAGCCAGUCGCUGUCGUGCACUGAUGAGGACGAGGAGGACGGAGGAGGCGGAGAGGAGGGAGGGAGCACGCAGGCAGAGAACGGCACGGAGAAACUGAUUGAUGAUGAAUGAGUGUUUGUGAUUUAAAAGCACGUACAUUUAACAUGAACACUCUGUUUUAUGCAGUGGAAUAUAGCAGCUGAAAAAAUGUGUGCUGUUAUAACAAAGCUGAAUAUGAUUUUAUGUUAAUUUUACUGUAUUUUAUUAUGUCAAUGUUUGACUCAGCAAUUUAUUUAAACCCAUUCUCUUGCA